GUCGUUCGUCGUGCGACCAUCCAAUAUCGCGUCAGCGAUUAAAUACCAAAAAUAAUAAAUAAGCGAAAAUAUGCAAAAUAAAGUGAAAUACUUGUGCACCGCACAAAUGAAGCGCGCAAGCAUUGCGUCCGCUACCCAAUAAGCCCGAUCGACCAUACCAACGCCCCGAAAGUGGCCCGCUGCAAACAGGGGAAAGGUGCGUGCCCUGCGUUUCUCGUUUUUUUGCAUUAGAAUGGCAAGAAAGUGUGUUUUAAAGCAAAUUCCACAAAAAGGUGCGUGAUAAAUGCAACAAACUGUAAGCCAGAGCGAGCGAGCAGUCAACUACACCAACUGCAUGUGUUGUGUCGUCGUGUGUGUGAGAGAACGCGCGUGAGUGUGUGCUAGAGAGAGAGAGGGAGAGCGAGUGUGUGUGCAGUGGAGUGGGAAAGAAGCACGGUAAAAAGAAACGCCAAGAAGUUUGCCAUCAUCUCUCUCUCCAUUCGCUGAUAAAGCAGAGAGCAAAUACACGCACACAGAGUGAUACACGAAUCGAGUGGAAAAUAGAAAAACAAUAAUCAGCAAAAGCACAGAGCGGGAGGAGCGUGUAGAAACAGUAAAGUGUAAAGAUCGAAAAUCGAAAGUGUGAAGCAUUUUGUCUAUAAAUAGUGCACAAAAAAACACCCAAAUUACCAGUGGAAAAAAGUACUAAGUAAACCGCAAAAAAACCAUCAAUACACCUAAUAAUCCCUAGUGGAACACGUCUCGGAGUCCGCCCAACACAGUCAGCCAGCUCCCAGCCCCCAGCCGCAACAUGUCCACCCUGGACGCGCGCAAUAACUCGGCCAUGAUGAAGCGGGCCGAGCAGCUGAAGCGCUGGGAGGAGUCGGACACCAACCGGGCCGCGGGCACGCCCCGCCAUGAGCACGGUCGCCGCAUCAAAUUCAGCUCCGGCUGCGUCUUCCUUGCCGCUUGCCUCUCCGGCGACAAGGAUGAGGUGAUCCAGCUGCUCGACCAGGGCGCCGACAUUAAUACUGCCAAUGUGGAUGGCCUCACGGCCUUGCAUCAGGCCUGCAUUGAUGACAAUCUGGACAUGGUUGAGUUUCUGGUGGAGCGUGGUGCCGACAUCAAUCGUCAGGAUAACGAGGGCUGGACGCCGCUGCAUGCCACAGCCUCCUGCGGAUUUGUGAGCAUAGCACGCUAUCUGGUGGAGAACGGUGCCGAUGUGGCCGCCGUGAACAGCGAUGGGGAUUUGGCACUGGAUCUGGCCAUCGACGUGCAGCACAUGGCCAUGAUUGACUACAUGGAGAAGAUCGUGCAGGAGCUGAACAUCGAUGUGGAGCAGGCGCGCAAGGCCGAGGAGCAGGCGAUGCUGAGCGACGCCAAGAAAUGGCUGCGCAGCGAUGCCGCCGAGGUGGACAGGCCACACCCGAAGACCGGGGCCACGGCGUUGCAUGUGGCUGCGGCCAAGGGCUAUACGAAAGUGUUGAGCCUGCUGCUGGCGGGACGCGGUAAUGUGGAUCGUCAGGACAACGAUGGCUGGACGCCGCUGCAUGCCGCCUCGCACUGGGGCCAGCGGGAGACAUCCGAAAUGCUUGUCGAGUCCCUGGCCGACAUGGAUAUACGCAACUAUGCGGGACAGUCCUGCAUCGAUGUGGCCGACCGUAAAAUAGUCAAAUUCCUCGAAGAACUGCGGGCCAACAAGCGCAACAAGCGGCGUCCAUCUAGUCAAAUCAGCAGAAUCUCAGAUACGAUUGAAAACCAUGUGGAUAAGACGCCCACCAAACUGGUGCGCGUUGAAGUGAGAACUGAUGCCACAAAGGAUGCCGAGAAUGUGAAGCCCAAUCAUGCCGUCGAGCAUCCAGUCGAGGAGGAGGCACCCUGGCGACGCAAGAUGCCACGCGCACCCAACGACAGUCCCACUAAUAAUCAAGUUCCUGAUAGAGAGCUUAGCAGCAAUAGCUCGGAGAGCGCCAACGAUGUCAUAUUGCGACGCACCCAAAGCUUUGAGAAUGAUCAAAAAUUCUAUCAAAAGUACAAUGAGCUGCGAGCCCGCAUAAAGGCCAACUCCUGUCCCAUUCUGCCAGCGACUGCGGCGUCACAGGCGGCUGCCGCCGCCGCCGCUGCUGCUGCGAAUAAUUCAAAUUCCAAUAACAACAAUAAUCUAAGUAGCAAUAACAACAACAAAUUUAACAACAAUAACAACAACAAAAGCGCUCUGCUGCUGGGAUCAACAACAAGAACCACAAAUAACACUGCAACAACAACAACAUCCAGUACAUUCAACAACACGCACAACAACACACCAACAAGCACACCACAAACAGCAGCAGCAGCAGCCGCAGCCGCAGCAGCAUCCACUGCUGCAACAACAAAUCCAUAUUUUAGCGUACAAAGAUCGGCCUCACUCAAAGAUAACUCAAUGUAUUACAGGAAACCGACCGUUACAGUUGCCACGCCCACGAGCACAGCAGCCACAGCAACGACAACGCUCCUUAGUUCACCAUCGACGAAUGUACUAACCCCACCAAUACGCAGCCAAGUUACAGCGAAAACCCAGAGCCAAGCCCAGAGCAACAAUGGCAGCUCUUCGACGGCCAGUGCCAGUGCCAGCGAUGCGGAGAAUGCCAAGCCUCCGCCCAAGCAAUCCACGGGCAAUAUAAUCAAGAAUUUCUUCAAAUCCUUUGUGCCGCCCGUGCGUGACGAGGAGAGCGAAACACAGCGCAAAGCGCAUGCCAAGAGAGUGCGUGAGACGCGUCGGUCCACCCAAGGUGUUACCCUGGACGAGAUCAAGAGUGCCGAGGAACUGGUCAAGAAGAAGAACAUGGGCAUGUCCAACAACAACAAUAAUAACAACAAUAACAUCAGCAGCAGCGGCAGCAACGAAACAAGCGAAACAGCGGCAGAGACAGACACAGCCACAGCCGCAGCAGAGUCAUCAUCCAUCAGCGAUGCAAGCCAGCAAGAGCCGCAACCGCCACCACCGCCCACCACGCCACCGCCAGCCAUAAUACCCACCAGCGACGAGACGGAGAUCGAGACCAUUCUGGCACCCAGUCCAGUGCAAAGUGGAAACGACACCACGGCCAGCUUCACCCUCUCAGCGCCGUCCAGACGUUCACUGGUUGUCGACGACGACGAUGGCGAUGCCGGGAUCGAUGUCGAUGAUCCGGAGGCAGUGGUCAGUGCCAGCUACACGAUAGUUUCGCGGCGGGACAAGAUACCCGACAGUGCUGAGAGUGAGCAAGAGCAGGUGGAAUCCAACAAACAAAAGACUGACGAGCAGCAGGUGGAGAGCGAGGAGCAGAAGGCGAGGCCCACAGAUCUGCCACUGAGUGCGGCCACGACUGAGGCCAUCAAGUCCUCCUCCUCGACCACGCCCGGUUCGCUCGAGAGUCCAGUGCGCUUGCGGGACAAGCGUGGCCUGUCCGGCAGCAGCCAAGAGACGGAUACAAAGUCCGAAACUGCCUCGCCCGUGUCGGCACAUCCUGACUUUAAUGCCCGCGACUCUCUGCUCAGUUUAUAUGCGCGACGCACAAUGGACGGCAGUGGAGGAUCAGCAACAACAGGUACUGGCGCUGGUGGUGCGGGUGGCAGCUACACUUCAACAUCGACAGCAGAACGGCGUCCAUCUUGGCGCCUGAAAUUCGAUGCCGGCUCCAAGUUCAAGCUGGAGGACAUCACCAGCGGCGGCACAUAUCCGCCCAACAACAGCACUAUUAUACCCAGCGCUCCGGCGGUAAUGGCCGCUGCCAAUCUGUCGACCACAACUGGUAUCCAGCGACGCAUCAGCAGCGGUCCCAAUGCCCUCAACGCUUCCAAUCAGUCACUGAACUCUGUGGGUCGCCCCAUCUCUGCGCCCAGCGAGAGCAGCAAUCACAGCAGCAGCGCCUAUGCCGUGCCAGCGGUGCGCAAAUAUGAAACGACAUCCACAGGAACGGGUGUGGGAGGAGCAGCUACCACAACAGCCACCACAACCUCCAAUUCAGUGUCUGCAACCAGUGCCAAUCAUGCAGCAGGAACAGCGGCAACAACCAAUGCCACCACCAGCCAUGACGAUAAGGAAAACGACAAGGAGAACGACAAUCGCACGCAGACCGUAAUACAGAGACGCCGCAAGCCGAAACGCAGAUCGACCGGCGUGGUGCACAUUGAUAUGGAUGAACUGGAUCCCGAGCGUCAGAACGAGUCGUCCAACAAUGACAACGAGGAGAAGGAGAAGGACAAGGAGAGCGGCAGCGAGCGCACCUCUCGCUCCCGACUGGGCAGCACUACGAGUACGGCCGCAACGAGCACGACCAGCAGCGAGUCGAAGAGCAGCGGCGACAAGGCGGAGAACGGUGAUGGCAUUGACUACAAGGCGCUCUGGGAAGCAGCCAAAUUGGAGAACGAUAAGCUGAAGCAAGUGCUCAAGCAGAAGGAUGACGAGGUUGUGCAGACGCGCGCGACGCUCGAGAGAUUCGCCAAUGCCACCACUAAAAACUCACUCUCUGAGAUUGAGAAACGUGAACGAAGAGCUAUGGAACGCAAGCUCUCCGAGUUGGAGGAAGAGCUCAAGCUGUUGCAGAAGCUAAAGACUGAGAACGACCGCCUGCGCGCCGAGAACCGUGCCCUCACGCGGGUCGUCUCAAAGCUGACCACAUCGGCCCAGAGCCAGCUGGCGAAGGCCAAAUAGAGCCAUAUCGAAACGCAUUUCAAUCGCCUAAGCACACCCCCCACCCAAAAUCACACACAACCACAAAAAACAAAACAAAAUAAAUCUCACAAAUGCGCAAAUACGUUAUUGUUUCUAAAUACUGAAUACUAGAUAUAUUAAACACAUUUCGAUGUCGUUUACAAUACUCGAAUGAUAAAUAAGUAUAAUCCGAAUAUAUAUCAGCACUUGUAACAAUAAUUAAGUGGAAUUAGGCUACCUUUGAGCUCAGUAUGGGGCCUGAGAACCGCUCACUACAGAUAGAAAUGCAAUCUACCCAUCAAUAAUCUAAACCUUCGAUGAACUCUAUGGGUAGCAAAAAUCUUUUAUAUAUAUUAUAGUACAAUCUUGUUCCCACGGCUUGUUUUUGCUCUAGAUCAAAAUAAUGUUUGCGAAUUUAUUAUGUGUAAUCAAAUAUCAAUAUAUCGUAUGUACUUAUGGGAACCACAAACCACUUGAACUGUAACCGCACUGAUUAAGUAACGUAAAUCAAAACCAUACUCACACUCGAAUCAAAGUAAAGCUCAUUCAAAAACCAACGAAGCACAAAAAUGUUCCAAUGUGCCCCAACCAUCAGCAUCAAACACACAGCAUCAGCAUCAGCACCAGGCUCGCUUGGGCCAAGGAUCUGCCAUCGAACAUCAGGGGCUGAACGGGAAGGUACAGCAGUGGUCUAGUGGAUGCUGGAAGCUUUACGGUAAAUCAGACCCACCACCAGACCCUGACAUGUGACAUUUCUCUGAACCACCUGCGCCCAAAAUACUAUUAUCAGCUGGCUGUUGUUGUUUUGUUGUUAUACACAUACCACAAAAAAUAAAUAUAUACCUAAUAAAAAUAUAUAUAUUUUUAUCUAAACUUGUAUUAUCGAGUGUUUCAAAAACUUGUAUCUUAUUGUGUAUUCGUGCCCGAGUUUCAUUUAUGAAGGCAUUUGAUUUCUGAAGCGGAAGUUGGAUUGUAAUCUAGGGAAAUAUAGAAGUAAAUAGUUCAGACAUUGCUCAGACUUGACUUGAGCAAUUGUUAUCUGUCAAUUCGAUUUUCCUUUCGUUAAUCUUUUUAUUCCAAACUUUUGAUUGGCAUUGGCUUGAGUCUGAUUUGGACUGAAUGUUCUACCUUUUCAUGCUGCCCACAUUGAGCUGAUGAAGAGAAUAGCUUAGAAAAAGAAUAAACCCCAUCAAUUAUUUAAAUUAAAGA